CCGACCACCGGUCGCGAUCGGCGACAGCAUCCACGCCACGGACGGUGGAAACGCCGUCCGCCCGUCGCUAUCUCGAUGGCUUCAAGGUCUCGCUUUCGUCCUUGCAUGGCGGAGCGUCGCCAUCGCCCUUCUCCCUCUCAGCGCCGGCACCGUCAUCGCCAUCCACUCGUUGCUCCCCAUUAAAACCCCGGACGACAUUCCGUUUCCUUCCUCACCUGGCUAACAACGAUGGGCACGAGAGGAGGCGGCGACGGGAUGAUCAUGCCGCCGGACGAUUCCAUGGGCGGGGACGGCUACACGCCGAUGCACAGCUCCUUCUUCUGGGGCUCGCACGUCCAGAUCCUCUUCGCCGGGUGGCCCGGCGACCGCGGCCUAGGCAUGUACAUCCUCGCCCUCCUCGCCGUCUUCGCAACCGCCGCCCUCGUCGACGCGCUCUCUCUCGCCAUUCAGAACCUCUCCAAGAGGCGCUUCGGCCCGCGCCGCGUCUCGAUGGCCCUCCUCAUCGCGGCGGUUCACGCCCUCCGUGUGGGUCUUGCAUACCUGGUCAUGCUCGCCGUCAUGUCCUUCAACAUCGGCGUGCUCAUUGCCGCCAUCGCCGGCCACGCCGUCGGAUCCCUAAUUUCCGGCAGCGGCUUCUUUGGACUUGUUAGUACGAAGUAGUAGUGAUUGAAUUCCUUGUCCAGAGUCAUCGUUGCUUCCGCUCCAUUUCGAUUUGUCGAUGCCCUAAUUGUUAGAACUCCGUCAAUGGAACUGAAAGAUUCGAUUUGUAAUCAAAAACGUGUUUCCUCUGUGA